AUGUUGCCGUUUGUAGCAUCGAUAGGUGGCGCUGCGGUAGCGACGCGAGACGGCCCCAAGCUAGCUUGCACUGGGAACAUUACUUCGAGCUCCAUACAUUUUCUUCUGGUUCUCUACGUCUGCAGUUUGGUUGUGUACCAGUUCAAAAAUUAUUUCAAAAUUUUUGCCAUCAGGAAAAAAGUUAAAAUGACGGACAAGCCGAAGCGUCCUAUGUCAGCAUAUAUGCUUUGGCUUAAUAGUGCACGAGAACAAAUUAAGUCCGAGAAUCCGGGACUUAAAGUUACUGAAAUUGCCAAAAAGGGAGGCGAAAUAUGGAGAUCAAUGAAAGACAAGAGUGUUUGGGAGGAAAAGGCGGCUAAAGCUAAGGAGCAGUACACAAAAGACUUGGAGUCAUAUAACGCAAAUGGAGGCGGUGGUGAAGGUGGCGGUAAAAAGGCACAGAAGAGAGGAAAGAAGGGCAAAAAAGCUUCCCCUGCUAAGGCAAAGAAGAAGAAGGAGGAAUCAGAUGAAGAAGAAGCCGGUGAAGAGGAAGAGGAAGAAAGCGAAUGA